AUGUAUUUGUACUCCAUGAAGGAACUGGUGUCCUAUACGAUUGCUAAGGGACACGACAUUUGGCACUACAUUAAAAGCCUACCUUAUGAUGUCGCCUUUUUAGAGUUAGUAGACUCCAUUCCUUCGGAUUUCAUGGUCGUCUUGGAUUUAUACGAUGGGCAACUGGAUCAAUUGGAUGUAUCCAAUUUGAGGAAUAUGACCCUCCUCGGAGGUCAGAACAACGUGCACGCCCCUCAGCGCAACCCUUGCAGCCAAAAACGUUACGUCGAAGCGGCCAUCAGGCACGAAAACUUCACCACCAAACCGAUAACCAACGAUAUACGAUUGAUAAAGGUAAACAAAAAAUUCGAAUUGACCACUUAUGUGAACUUGAUCCGAGUUGCAACUGCUGCUGAAAACCGGAAUGCAGAUGCUGCCGAUCUUAGGGCAAAAUGUAUCGUCAUUGGAUGGGGACAGACGAAGCAGAGGAACUCGUCAAAGGCUCCUGCACCCUACACCCGUUUGAAAUAUCUUCGAGAAGUCGAAUUGCCCUUUGUUGAAUUUGAGCAAGUGCAAGGCGCACGUGCCAAGAUUUAA